UUCGUUUAUUUUCGUCAUUUUGAAUUUGUGAUUCUUAUUUAGCAAACGUUAUUUAAUUCAACAAUAAUCGAAUGCAGUUAAUACAAACACAAUGAAUAUGGAAACUUAUCUACAAAAAUUAUUGAUAAAUCAACAAAAUGAAAAUAUUCUACGUGAAGAACGUGAUCAAAUGCUUAAAAGACAUGAACAUGAAUUGGAAGAAAUCGAUGAACGUAUGGCCGAACUUAUUCGACAACGUAAUAUGAUAAUUGAAGAAAUACAAAAUUUCACUAAAAAUACAACGACAAAUACCUUGGAUAUAACAACAAAAAAUAUUGAUAAUAAUAAUAACGAUGAUGAUGGUGAUGUGAAUGAUAAAAAUUCUGUUACCGAUAAACAAUUUAUUACAUCUACAAAUUCUGCAUUUAAACCGAUAACCGAAUCACCAUGUUUAGAUUCGAAUAAUAAUCCAAUUGAUUCAGGUGAUGUAUCAUCACCAACAACAACAUCAUCGUCAACAAAACCAUGUCGAACAUUAAAAUUAACACCACGUGUUCGUACAUCGGCAUCAACAUCAAAUAUGGUACUGACACGAAUACCGGAAUCACCGACCACCGUACAGAUUGAAUCAAUGUUAAGUAAAGUUCGUAAUAAUGUUGCCAUUGAUCCGAAUACAUUGAACAAAUGUAUUGAUUUACUUUCAACGCCUAAAAGUAGCCAAAAGACAAUGAAGAAAGUAAAAAAGGUAAUUGAUCAGAAUAAUAAUCCAAUCAUAUCGACGGCAGCCGAAUCAUCACCAAAACAGCCAUCAUCACCGAAACGUCGUUUUGAAACACCCGAAGAACGACGUAGACGUAUUGAACGUGUUUUGUUUGAAAUACCGUCGAAUAAAAUGCACAAAGGUGCAAUGUCAAAAUCAUUUUCAUCACUCAAUACAAUGGAUUUGUUGAGCAUUAAUCAUAAUCAAUUACAACAUGGUAAACAACAACCACAACGAACAUCAAAUCUAAGCCUAAAUCGAUAUUCAAAUCGUUCAAAAGUUCGCCGUAAUCAUUCAUUAUCUCCAUUACGUUUUGGUGCAAAAAAAUCUAAAACUAAUAAUGGUGAUGAACAAUCGGAACCAACAUCGCCAACAAUAAUGACGGCUGAGAAUAGUCCAAAAGAGAUACGAAAAUAUAAAUCCGAACAGCAACUUUUUUUCGAUGAAAAUAUUAGUAUGGCUAGUUUUGAAGAGGACAGUACAACUACAAGUCAGAAUAAUGAUCUUAGUUCGGAAAUUGAUCCGGAUAAAUGUAGUCUUCUACAAACCGAAGUUGAUGAUGAUAAUAAUAAUGGUGGCAAUGGUGAUAAUGGUGGUGAUGAACCGGAAGAUCAUUUAUUAGCACCAUCCAAAGUGGCUAAAUCACAGGAUGCAUUUAAACAUUUUUUUCCUGUCGAUAUUCGUGAAAAACCACUUAUGUCUAAAGAAGAAUUGAAUAAAAUUAAAAAUAAAAAAACAAUGGUCAAAUCUAAAUCGAUUGGUUGGGCUGAACAGGCAGCCAAUUCAAUGAAUGAUCAAUCAUUACGUGUUGAUUAUCUUAGCCAUAUAAGACGUAGUUCAGCAUCACCUGAACAGAAACAAAGAGAAAAAGAAUUGAAUAAUUUGAAUAAUACGAAAAAAUUUCGUUGCUAUCAAGAUUUUUGGGAGAAUAAAACUAAAGAAAUAAUGGAUAAAAAAGAUCGAUUUGAGAUGAAACAAUCACAACAAUCACAACAACCACAACAACAACAACAACAACAACAACAUCAGCUGACCAAUGCAAACAAGACAAAAACUAAUUGGUAA